AUGCACGAGCUCUAUGGAGGAAGCUUGGAGAGGAAGCAAGCAGUGCGCAUGCUUGAGCGAUUAACCACGAUUCUUCCAUUAAAAUUCAAGCCUGAAGAGGAAUAUGGUGAAACUGGUUUUAUCUUGACCCAUCUCCAAUGUUAUCUUGACCUUCUUUUUGGCCAAAGAAGCAGAUUUCCUAUAUCAUAUAAUAUUGAACAUGAUUCUGGCAAUUCAACGAAAUCAGAACAUGACCAUGGCGUUAGAUCAGAUUUUUUCAUCGAGAUUCCAUGCCCAACUUUGUCAAGCAUUUCUAAUUCAGAAAUUGUUGGCCUUUUUGGUGAAGUCAAGCCUCCAGAGAAGGAUCGUCGUAAAAUAAUCAAAAUUCAUGAUUUCUGGAAAUUAGUUAGAAUGGCCAAGGAUGAGAUCAAUUCACAGAUAAUCAAAGGAGUCCCCAGACCGAUGGUGAUAUUAAUUCAAGUCUUUGGAUUCCAGCUCGAGAUUUUUACAAUGACAAUGGAUCCAGAUUUGGGAAUUUACAUUCUUUACAAAGCUGCUGAAGGAUUCCUUCCUCGCUCCACAGCAGAUAUGUCAGGAAUAAGCAACAUUAUAUCAAUAUUCAUGCAUUCAAAGGAAAGUAAUGAAUACAAUGCAUUGUUACAACAAUUUCAAGAACAAAUUGAAGAAAUUAACCCAGAGGUUUAUGACUCUGCCAACCUCCAGAAUUUUAUCAAAAAAGAUAUUAUUUGCCCCGAGUAA